AUGUCGGCAAUCGAAUCGCCGGCGUUCGUGAUGCCUUCUGAUGAGGCGACGCCGAUGACGUUGGACGGCAUGCUGAUGACGUCGAGAAUUCUUCAUGAUUAUCUGAACUUGAUGAGAGUUCAAAUCAACAACUCAUCGCCGACAUUUAUGUUGGAAACGCCCAAUCCGAAACUAAUGUUUGACUUGCCGACGACCGCCGAGCUGAUGCAGCGGUGUCUGGCGGUGAAUCCGUUCGAGGCGAAGUUCCGCGAGGCGAAUCAGAAGAUUAGCAGCGGCGCGAUGCCGCCGACGAGCGCCGCCACUCAAUCGAUCGAGGCUCUCGAAGCGAAUGGCCCUUUGCCGAUCAGCGGAAGUGGCGGUUUGACCGACUUGCUGCUGAAAAUUCCGCCAUCGAGCCUUCAACAAUCACCCGGCAUUUUUUCGAAUAUCAGCAUCCUUGCAGCCGACAAUAAUGAUGGGCAAACGCAUGAGAAUCUGAAAACCGCCGACAUCUCGAAAUUGUUGUCAGCGGCUGGCGACUCGUCGGCGCAAGCGCCUCGAACUGCUGAUGUGUUGAAUGCGGUGCUUGAUAUGCAUUCGGAUCGAUUGCACACCAUCAAUUAUUUGAAUAAGCCAGACUUCUCGAAAUUCCUCCGAUCGCCGUCGUCGUCGGCGCCGAACUCGGCUUCGAUUCUGGGAUCGGCCAUGUGCGUCCCAUCAACGAGCUGCAGCCUACUGGCGCCACCUCCGCCACCCGUCAAGCCGAUGAGCACGAGCUUCUCGCCGAAUCAGAAUCUCGCCGUUCCCGAUGCGAUGCUGGUGUCGGGUGGCUCGUCGGCGCAGAGGUCGCCGGCGGCUCCCGGCGGCGAGAUCAACGGGCACGAUUCGAAGUGGGAGCAUCCGUCGGUAAAAAAAGAGAUCUAUUAUGAUGAUCAUUCAAUGAUAUCCAUGGAUCGGGCAAGCGUGUCGGCGAGUGGAUCGGAUCGAGAAGUGACACCGCUGCGAACCGAACACAAAGGCGUCGGACGGCCGCCGAACAGCGGACGAGGUCGCGGACGAGGUCGCAGCACGACGGCCGACAUGCAGCCGGAUGAGAGGCGCAACACGAUACUCGAGCGGAACAAGGCGGCAGCGGUGCGAUACCGCAAAAGGAAGAAGGAGGAGCACGACGACAUGAUCGGACGCGUCCAUCUACUCGAGCAAGAGAAGAACACGCUGAUGACGCAGAAUCAGGUGUUGAGGAGGGAGCUCGAGCGAGUGACGGCGGUGCUCGCCGAGCGCGAGCAACGAUGCGUUUGUUUGAAAGGUGUGCCGCUUGAUUGUGAGACGCAGAAUGGCGUUUACUGUGCGACUAGUCAACCGCAGCUGAUGAACUUGAACCCGAUGCAAAACGGCGGGAUGGCGAUGAAGCGGCCGAAAAUGUGA